CAGUAUCUGACAUCACACAGACCUGGAUUCGAAUUCGAUUUUUCCUCUGACCAACUGCUGAUUUUGAACCCUUCAGCUCUCAGGGCCUCAGUUGUCCCCUCUGGGAAAUGGGGGCUCCAGGAGAGCGGAGGGGAGGGAAGAGUCCAAAAGAGGAUCUGACCUGAACUAGGGGAUUCCUCCUCAAGCACCGCGCCCCUUCCCCAGCCCGGGAGCGCAGCGGAGCCUCCCAGUCCCUCGUCCCCCCGCCGCAGGCUCCUCCUCCACUGACAUCAGAGCCGCAGGCGGGCGGAGGGGGCCAGCAGAGCCCGAGCCGAGCGCCAGCGAGAGAGCGGGCGGGCGAGCCAGGAGCGGAGCGGCGGCGGACGGCAACCGGCAGCCAGAGCUCGGCGCCAGCCACCUCGGGCCUCCCAGCCAGCCCCGCGGCGGGGCAGCCGCAGGGGGGCCUUCUCAGAGGUAAUCCUGGCAGAAGAUAAGAGAACUCACAAGCUGGUGGCCAUCAAAUGCAUCGCCAAGAAGGCUCUGGAGGGCAAGGAGGGCAGCAUGGAGAAUGAGAUCGCUGUCCUGCACAAGAUCAAGCACCCCAACAUUGUAGCCCUGGAUGACAUCUAUGAGAGUGGGGGUCACCUCUACCUCAUCAUGCAGCUGGUGUCCGGCGGGGAGCUGUUUGACCGCAUUGUGGAGAAAGGCUUCUACACGGAGCGGGACGCCAGCCGCCUCAUCUUCCAGGUGCUAGAUGCCGUCAAGUACCUGCACGACCUGGGCAUCGUACACCGAGACCUCAAGCCAGAGAAUCUGUUGUACUACAGCCUGGAUGAAGACUCCAAGAUCAUGAUCUCUGACUUUGGUCUCUCCAAGAUGGAGGACCCUGGCAGUGUGCUCUCCACAGCCUGUGGAACCCCAGGAUACGUGGCCCCUGAGGUCCUGGCCCAGAAGCCCUACAGCAAGGCAGUGGAUUGCUGGUCCAUUGGGGUCAUUGCCUACAUUCUGCUCUGCGGUUACCCCCCCUUCUAUGACGAGAAUGAUGCCAAACUCUUUGAACAGAUUUUGAAGGCCGAGUACGAGUUUGACUCUCCUUACUGGGACGACAUCUCUGACUCUGCCAAAGACUUCAUCCAGCACUUGAUGGAGAAGGAUCCUGAAAAGAGGUUCACCUGUGAACAGGCCUUGCAGCACCCAUGGAUUGCAGGGGAUACGGCUCUAGAUAAGAAUAUUCACCAGUCGGUGAGCGAGCAGAUCAAGAAGAAUUUUGCCAAGAGCAAGUGGAAGCAAGCUUUCAAUGCCACGGCCGUGGUGCGGCACAUGAGGAAGCUCCAGCUGGGCACCAGCCAGGAGGGGCAGGGACCGACGGCGAGCCACGGGGAGCUGCUGACACCAGCAGUUGGGGGGCCAGCGGCUGGCUGCUGCUGUCGAGACGGCUGCGCGGAGCCGGGUCCGGGACUGUCCCCUGCGCUGCCCCCACAGCUCUAGGGCCCCGGAUCCAGGGUCCGAACCCUUCACGUUGGAGGGGUUGGGGCACCCUGCUCCCCUUCCCUCCCUGAAUUGGAGAGUUACCCUGCCCCGCCGCCUCCCCACCCCUUUCCCUAUCACUCCUCUGCUGCAUUUUCCAUACAAAUGUUUCUAUUUUAUUGUUCUUUCUUGUAAUAAAGGGAAGAGAUAAAAACUUA